GCCGCGCCGAGUCCCGAAAGAGGAGCAGCGGGAAAAGUGAGGUUGGCAGUCCAGUAAUCUAAGACUCUGCCGAGGGGGGAUUCCAAAGGCCGUGAGAGCCUCAGUAGUUGCGCCGCGGCCCGAGGGGGCGAGCGCGACCGGAGGGACGCACUGGGGACUGUUUAUAGCCCUGUCAGGACCGCGCAGGGAGGGGAGGCGGAGGCCUGAGGUGAGUGGCCUCGGGCCUGCCGCAGCCGCGAAGGGCUGCUUGGAUGAUGGCAUGCUGAGAAUCACCCCGGAGCCUGGGCCCGCAUGGCAUCCCAGGACAAAGAUGAGGAGUCCUCACCUCGCUGGGCCUCCCAGACAGGGCCCUGGGAUGCCAUCCUCGAGGCCGUCAGGGAGCAGCUCCCAUCUCUGGACUCAGAUUCCUCCUCGUCAGACUGCGGUCCAGAGGAGCUGUUCAUCUUCCAGCGAGAUCAAACUGCCCUGAUCCCAGACUUGUCAGAGGAGCUGGCUGAAGAGCCUGCCAGGGCCUGGCUUGCUACGGCCGCUGGGCCUCCUGAGCCAGAUGUGGUGCCUGUGGAAUUCACUGCAGAACCCUGGAGUAAGGGGGGCCCAAAGACAAGGGGUUCUGCCUCUCUGCAAGGCAGGGACCCUGACGGGCCUGUAGAGAGCUGUGGUGAGGCCUGUUCCCUUCUUCGGGUGCCUGAGGACACCCCCAUGUGGCAGGAAGGCAACCGUGGGGCUGUGCCCUUCAGCACCCAGGGUCCUCCCCGGGGGCCACACGGAGAAGCCACCUUCUCCCCGUGGGAAUGCGACCUGAAAACAGAAGCCCCAGGCGCUGCCUCACGAGCCCGUUGGGGCACAGACUCCACAGCCCACAGAGCCCUCCAAAGGGAGAGAAGGAAGAUGAUUGAGAAGGACAUACUCCAUAAAGUUACCUGGGAUGCCCGGGGCCCAGCCUGCCGUGACCAAAGUCCAGUGGAGGAGGCACCCAGUGCCGUGGGAGUGGCAGGUCUGAGACCAGAAACACCCCCGGAGGGGCCUCAGGAAGGACCUCCGGUGCUCUCCCUCAAGGAACUUGAAGAGUGGGAUUUGGAUCACAUCCUUCAGAGUUUGGCAGGGCAAGAAGGCAGCAGGGGAGACCGUGCACCUACAGCCACGUGGUGGGCAGCUGACCGCCUGGGCCCAGACCACAUCCUGCCGAACAGCCAGGACAGGCUCAUGGAACAGCUCAUCCUUCUGUGUGCCACACAUUCCAGAGCCCCUUCUGCCUGGAAGGUGCCUGCUGACACACCUCAGGACACCAUGCAGCAGGAGGCCAGGAGCAGAUCUGCUCCGAGGGAGCCAGGCUUCCAGGCUGAGCUGGGCCUGACACUGGCCGAGAGCAGGCAGCUAAGGAGCCCCGCAGAGCCUCCCACCAUCUUCAUCGAUCUGCGGCCCUCGGAGCCAUCAGACCCCGGGUCGGUGGAAAGCUCCAGCCUCAGCUCCAGCUCCUCCGACAGCGAGGAAGAAGAGGAGGCUACAGUGGCCCUCAGAGACCAGCAGGGCCCAGCCAAGCAGGAGAGUCCUUCCUCCUGCCGCCUACGGGACUGCACCGGGAAGAGUCAGCUUCUCCAACAGCUCAGGGCAUUUCGGAAGGGGACGGCUCAGCCCAAUUUGCUUGCCACGGGAGGUCCCAGUGGCCAGAAGGCUCAGGUCCCUGAAGAUCCAGCCAGCUCCGCAACUGGGAGAAAGCAACAUAUACCAGCCGGGGCCGAGCAGCAGAGCACCCAGGCCAGAUGCCCAGGGGGAGGUCCCAGGGCGCUAGGGGACGCUCCUGGGCCAGGGACAGCCAGGGAGGCCCUGGUGCCUCCCCUGGACCAACUGUAGCUGCGUCCUGGACCAGAUGGGAGAAGGAGCUGGGCGGGAUGAUUCCACUCUCCAUCCACAUGCCUGGGCCCCUGGCUCUCCCUUGUUUCUGUGAGAAGGUGCUUCUUCUGCAGCACGGGGACCCUCAGGCUGCGGGGCAGAUCAUUCUAUGUACUUAGAGCAAAGAUGCGAGAACACAGUUGUACACAGAGCAGGACAAUAGCGCCUUGGAAGCAGACCCCACGGAGAGCACGGUCCGUGCCAACAGGGGGACUGUCGGGUGUUUUCUCUCUCAUGUCUGCACUCUUCUCUGUUAUUGUCAUCAUGCAAGCUUUUUCUAAAGCUAAAACUCAAGUAAAACAUA